UCAAUACUCAAGUCAAUAUUCAAUUCAAUAUUCAAUUCAAUAUUCAAUUCAAUAUUCAAUUCAAUAUUCAAGUCAAUAUUCAAGUCAAUAUUCAAGUCAAUAUUCAAGUCAAUAUUCAAGUCAAUAUUCAA